AUGCAUCCGGAACACCUUCAAGCCGACGGUGAAUGGACUCUGGUCCAACGGGGGCGUAGAAGAAGAGCUCCCCGCGACCCCUACUACACUCCACCUCUGAUGGAUUCCUCCGCUUGGGCAGCACCUGCUCCGGAGUGGCGAUUCCAUCCGUUCGACCGUCGUCACGAACGCUUCUGGACUCCGCGCUACCCGUCUCCCAGACGUUUGGAAGAACAUGCGAGGCCCGUCAGGGACUGGUCUCCCUACGGACCUACCGGACCUCAUCACGAGGUGAGACCUGAGGCCUACAGACCGGCCUACUCGCCGCCUCGCUGCGAGGCUUGGGGGCCUCCUCAUCGCCGCGCGCCUGAGACGCGUCGGGCUCCUCGCCGUCCUGCAUGGGCUCCGGGCCCCCCCGCUGGACCCCCCAGGCCACGACCGCAGGUGAGACCUCCACCUCCGCGUCCCGACCUUCGGCCCCGUGACCAGCCCCGGCCUCCAAGACACCCAGGGCCCCCGGUUGUGACGGCGGCGCGCACUGCGUCUGCGCGUCCCCCUCAACCCAGGGAGGCGCAGCACGCGCCAACGGCUCCGCGCUCUGACGACCCGGACUUUAGUCUGAAGAACAGACUGAUCCUGGCAGCCCUGAAGGCCUCUCACCACCUCGCCAACUCCGAAGGCCCUGAGCCCCUUCCCAUCAUCGCCAGGCUCACCGAACUCCUGAGGGUUUCCAUUCGCCCUGCUGUCCCCAACGCCGCGACCGCGCAACUGAUUGACGGGAACGCGCGCAACUGGGAACACACAUCCACGCUGCUGCUCAGAUACCACUACAAGGCCGCGGUGGAUGAGAAGGAGGGACUCGACGCUCCGGUCCCGCUGGUUCCGCUGUUCCUGGACCCUGCUCCUGGAGCUGUGCUACCGCGCUUCGCCCAACCCGCGGCCCCUGACAUGGGAGUGGCCCCUGCUGACCGGCGCUCCCCGUCCCCUGCUGACCGGCGCUCCCCGUCCAGGCUGCCGUCUCCCACUUUCUCGCUGGCCUUCUCCUCCUCCCCACCCCCCGGAGCACCACACCGCUGGCUUGCAGAACCAGGCUCGCUUCCUGUCGCCUCCGCCGACGAGGCGCAGCCACGCCCACGGAUUGACGGCUACCCGGGCGCGUGCUUCCGGCACGCCUCCGGGGUCCUGGCCAAGACCACUAUCAACACUCAGGUUCGCAAGUUGGUCUUGGCCUUCGGCAUCAACGAGAGAGGCAACAAAAUAGAACAGGCUUGCCUCCGUAGCAUCCAGACCGCUGUCAAGUGGGCGCGCAUCGCGUUCCCUUGCGCGGCGCUCUUAAUUCCGGAAAUCAACUACUCGCACGCGCUCGCGUUCAGGGAACAAGAGCUUCUCUCUAAGCUCAACGCCUUUAUCGCCACCCGAUACGAAUCGAUCCCCGCGCUGCCCAGCAAGUCAUUCGUAACCGAUCAGGACAACAUCCACUGGUCUAGGGACACGGCGGCGCUCCUCUUCAACCAAUGGGUGCGCUCGGACUUGCAACAAUACCACCGCAGGGUGAAACUAGCCGUCCAUUUCCGUGAUCACCCCCCGUCGGAGAAAUUACCUUUCACCAACAAAUCCUCCUGGGUCCCACCCGAGGAUGACAUUCCGCCAGAGGUCACACAUCUGGUCAACGCUGACCUUCUGUACUACCGUGAUGCGUUCAGGAUCGACCGGGCCCCAGCCAAGCUCCUUCCUGAGGAGUCGGAGGCUCUCCGCGAACUGAUCGGUAACGUUGACAUUGUGAUCAAGCCCGCCGACAAGGGCAGCGCGGUUGUCAUCAUGGACAGGUCUCAGUAUAUAUGGGAGGGCCACAGACAGCUGCAUGACACGCGCUACUACUCCAAACUAGAGGCUCCCAUAUAUACUGAGACCGUUCCGAUGAUCGUCGACUUGAUCCACUCCCUGUGGAGGAAAAAAUAUAUUACGCGCGCGCAGCGGGAUUACCUCCUGGGGGAUGCCCAACCCAGGCCCAGGCUCUUCUAUAUGUUACCCAAGAUUCAUAAGGAGCCUGUGGCCUGGAGCGAACCCUUUAAGAUCCCACCUGGUCGUCCCAUAGUCUCGGACUGCAGCAGUGAAACCUACCACACGGCCGAAUACAUAGAUUACUACCUCUAUCCGUUAUCCAUCUCCCAUGCGAGCUAUGUUAAAGAUACCUACAACUUCGUUGCCAAGGUCCGCGCUCUUAGAAUCCCUGUGCACGCUUUCCUCUUCACCAUGGACGUGGACAGCUUGUACACUAACAUCGAUAUCGCUGGGGGCAUGCGAGCGGUGCGUAAUGCGUUCAAUGCCUGUCCUGACGUCACGCGCCCUGACGACGAACUUCUUCGUUUACUGGAGAUUAAUCUCACUCGCAACGAUUUCCUCUUUAACGAGGAGUUCUUCCUCCAAGUCAAGGGCACGGCUAUGGGGAAGAAGUUCGCUCCCUCGUAUGCCAACCUUUUCAUGGCACAGUGGGAGACUUCGGCGCUCGCCGCCUUGGAGAGUGGUGCGGUCCAGUCCCUGAAGGUGGCAGCAGUGAACACCAACAGUGCUGUGGUGUCAUGGAACAGAGUCCCCGGGGCCACGGGCUACAGACUGGCCUGGGGGCCCACACAUGAGUUCACGGGUCGGGACCGGCCCCGGCAGCUGGCGCUGAACAGCAGCACCACCGAGUACCACCUGAGGAACGUGGUGUACGACACCGAGUACGUCCUGUCCCUCUACGUACUGUUCGGCACCGUGGUGGGACCUGGCAUCACUGCCACCUUCCGCACCUCCCCGCUCGGCUACGUGUCCAACUUCGAGGUGGUCUCCUACACCAGCACCUCCAUCGACGUGGAGUGGAGUCCCAUCGUGGGCGCCACUGAGUAUAAAGUCACCUGGAAGACAAAUGAUGGUACCAGCCCCCAGUCCCGGUACCUGGAGAAGAGUGUCCUGUUUCAGCGCGUUGAAGGCCUGAGGCCCGGGACGGCCUACACAGUCAGCAUCCACGCCGUCUACGGCAACACGGAGGGGCCAGAGAUAUCCCUGUCCCAAUUCACAGCCGCGCUCUCCGGUUCGGAGCUGAUCCAGACCGUGAGGGAGGUGAAGCUGGUGGACAUCGAGGUCAACUCCAUCAGCCUGUCCUGGAGGGCCACCAACGGGGUGACGGGCUACAAGGUCUCCUGGAGCCACUUCCAGGGGGGCGGUCUGAAGUCCCAGCUUGUGCCAGCCCCUGCCACCACCUUCACCAUCCCCGACCUGCAGGGCAGCUCGGCCUAUAAGAUCCAGGUGUCCUCCAUGUUGGGCAGCAGGGAGGGGAGCCCGGCACUGGUCACCGCUCGCACACUGGACCUGCCCAAGGUGAACGGCUUCACAGCGCUCAACACCACGGACAACGGAACGCUGCUCAGCUGGGCCAGCGUGGCCGGGGCCUCGGGGUACCUGCUGUCAUGGAGGCACAUCUCAGAGUUGGACACCAAGACGGAGACCCUGGGCCUGGCCACCUCCUACAAGGUGCUGGACCUUCUGUACGGCCGGACCUACAUCUUCACCAUCAGACCUCUGUACGGGGAGGUGGAGGGCCCCGUCACCACCGUCUACCAGAGGAUACUGGCUCCGGAACCUCCCCUGGUACCAGUCCGGCCAGUAGCUCCUCCCCUGGUACCAGUCCAGCCAGUAUCUCCUCCCCUGGUUCCAGUCCGGCCAGUAGCUCCUCCCCUGGUACUAGUCCAGCCAGUAGCUCCUCCCCUGGUUCCAGUCCAGCCAGUAGCUCCGCCCUCAUCUCGCCUCGACCCCGCCUCCCCUCCCGUGGCCGUCGCCAUACCCACGGGGGAUCGAGGAACCCCCAAGAGCAGCCCCACCCCUGCCAGGACCCUGACCAGCGUGGUUACCAUGGCAGCCGUCACUCCCACCAGCCCCCCCCCAGUGCCCAAAGCAGAGACCACGCCCCCUGCUGGGCCAGCGUGUGGUAAGGUCAAAGCCGACAUUGUGUUCUUGGUGGACGAGUCGUCCAGCAUCAGCGCAAACAACUUUGACAAAAUCAAGGACUUCCUCUUCAGAGCAGCCACGUACUUCCCAAUCAUUGGUCCUCAGGGCACUCAGUUUGCCGUAGUUCCCUUCAGCAACGAGCCGCGGAUAGAAUUCCGUCUGAACGCCUUCAAGGACCGAAACUCUCUGCUCAGAGCCAUCAGAGCACUGCGCUACGGUGGAGGAAACACCAGAACAGGGCAGAGCAUGGGCUUCGUGCUGGAGGACGUGUUCCAGGAGGCCCAGGGGAUGAGGCAGGACGUGGCCCACGUCAUGGUGCUGAUCACGGACGGCCGGGCCCAGGACGACGUGCUGCCCCCCUCCAGGAUGGCACGCGCUCUGGGUGUCAGUAUUCUGGCGGUGGGGGUGGCUAACGCAGACCUGGAGGAGCUGAAGCUGAUCGCCGCCCCCACCAGCUACAAGAACAUCUUCUUCUCCCCCACCUUUGAGGACUUUCCCUCGGUGGAGCGGGAGUUCAUCCAUAGCCUGUGCAGCGAGGAGCUGCUGUCUGAGUACCAGCUGGCGGACCAGUCCUCCCAGCUAGACCCUCCCACUGGGGACGCCGAGGAGCUGAAUGAACCAGAGGGACCUUCAUGUCUCUCCAAGUGUAUGAAGGGACAGAAAGGUGAAAAGGGGACUGGCUCUGGUCUUGGAGGAUUGAGAUUUCAACAAACCCCUGGAAAGCCAGAUCCCUUUGCGCCAUCCAAAGGGGAAAGAGGGGAGAAGGGGCCUUCCGGAACAGAUGGUAUUCCUGGGUUGCCGGGGAGACCGGGAAGGUCUGGACCUCCCGGUUCUGCCGGCCAGCGGGGUGGCCAAGGUGUUCCCGGGGACAUGGGCCCUCCUGGAAACACAGGGUCCAAGGGCCAGAGGGGAGAGAGGGGCGACCCGGGAUACGUGAUCGGGGGCACGGAGGCCGGCUACGUCCCGGGACGGAAAGGAGAACCCGGUUCCUCUGGCCCCCAGGGGCCUGCGGGGGUGCCGGGGGUGUCUGGAGCCCAAGGCCGGCCGGGACAGGAGGGCCUCGCUGGGCCCCCGGGGACAUCCAUCAAGGGUGAUACAGGAGAGCCUGGGGCUAAAGGUCUGCGGGGGAAGACGGGGCAGAAGGGAGACCCGGGAGAUCAGGGAAGAGAUGGAACUGCGGGACUGCCCGGUCCGAUCGGGAUAGACGGAGUGCCUGGGUCCCCCGGGGACGAGGGACAAAAGGGUGAACAAGGAAUAGGAAUACAAGGAGUACAAGGCCCGCGUGGAUUUGCAGGAGAAAAGGGUAACAUCGGAUCCUCAGGACCAAUGGGACCCAAGGGGGCCACCGGCGACCAGGGCAUCCAAGGAGUCACCGGUCUUCGGGGGAAAAAGGGGUUGAAAGGAGAGCAGGGAGAAAAGGGGGACGGAGGCGAGAGGGGCCUGGUCGGUCCUCAGGGGCCUCUCGGGCAGAAAGGAGACCACGGACACAAAGGAGACGAGGGGCUCCGGGGGUCGCCUGGGGACCCCGCUAAGGGGAUACUCGGUCCGACGGGGAAGAAAGGAGCCAGGGGGGACGUGGGCCCGGUAGGCCCACUCGGCCAGCAGGGGGUCAAAGGACUGCAGGGGAUCAAGGGAGAAAAGGGCAGUCCCGGUUUCGGCGUUCCAGGACUGCAGGGACCCAAGGGAGAGAACGGGGAAAGAGGAAAUGUUGGUCUAUCGGGGAAGCCAGGGCAAAAGGGGCAAGAUGGCUCAAAGGGUGAAGGUGGGGGUCUUGGGCUCCCUGGAAAUCCUGGAGCUCCGGGAUUAAGAGGUAAAGAUGGUGAAGCGGGAACUAAAGGAGAACGUGGUACUCCGGGUGAACUGGGACAAGGUGGACGGCCCGGGGAUCGAGGGAUUAGGGGGCCACUGGGCCUGCCGGGCCGCCCAGGGGACUCAGGGGGCAGAGGAGAAGGAGGCAAGCACGGCCUGCCGGGAACAGACGGCAAGAAGGGGGACAAAGGAGACAGCGGAAGGCCAGGACCUCCUGGAACAGCCCAUGUAACGUCGGACAACAACAUACUGACCCGGGUGAUUAAGGGUGAGCCUGGUGAUCAAGGGCCCACGGGAGAGACAGGAAUGCCUGGCCCAAGGGGUCCAGAGGGGAAGCCCGGCCCACCCGGCCCGUCCCAGGGUGGGACCGGCCACCAACUGGAAGCUGUUGCAGGCGUAGCAGGAGCCCAGGGUGAACAGGGGACGAGGGGAGAGACGGGGACGAAAGGGGACAGAGGAGAUCAAGGCCGUGUUGGGAUUGCUGGUGUACCUGGUUUGCCUGGAACACCAGGGAAGGCUGGCAUUGAUGGGAAGAGAGGCAUGGCAGGAAAAGACGGGGAAAAAGGAACCAAAGGAGAAACUGGCAACACGGGGGAGAAGGGACAGGCUGGGGCCAAUGGCAAAGACGGCAGUAAAGGGGAACUGGGUGCUCCAGGAUUACCCGGAACCAAAGUCCUGGUGACUCCAGAGGGUGCCACCGUUGAAGAGAUCCGCCAGGCCUUCCCGAUGCCGAUGGGUCCCCCCGGAGUCACUGGUGCACCGGGAAUGAAGGGCGAAACAGGGGUGCAAGGUUUGAAAGGAGACCGGGGUGAUGUGGGGCCCCCCGGCAAGGCCAUUCAGAUGAAGGACAUUGAAGCCAUGUUCGAAGCCUAUGGAAUCAGGCUGCCCCUGCUCAAGGCCCUGGUGGACCACCUGCUGCAGGACGGAGUGGAGGAGCUGCUGCACGUGCUCAGCUCCACCAAGAGGCUCCAGGAGGUCAAGGAGACGCACGGCUCCAACGCCAUCCCUGAAUACACAAACUCUCUGGAGUAUGAGCUGAGCAGCCAGCCCCUGACGAAGGAGGGGUACCUGCCCGAUGUGGACGGACAGACGCCCCCGCCCGCCCCUGCUGACGUGCUCAACGGAACCACGGUGGGCCAAAGUACAUCAUGGGAGCUGUCGGGGGCGGACCGGGCCCCGGAGCCCAACGUCACCCAGAGCCGGCCCGACGGCCCCGGGCUGCAGGGCCGUCUGGAGGGCAACGUCAGCGCUGAUACCCCCCGGCUCCAGAUGAACCUGACCCUGGUCAACGCUCCGUCCAACGACAGUACAUCCAAGGAGAAGAUCUCCCGCCUGCCGGAGGUCGUCAUGGAGACGGGGGUUGUCACACAGGAGGAGGCUGAGAAGAAGGGUUCGGCAGAGAAGAAGAAGAACAAGGAACGCGGGAAGGGCAGAGGGAACAAAGGACGACAUAAGAGGCAGAGACAACGCCUGGCCAGCGAGCAAGGGGAGGAAGAGGAGGAGGAGGAGUACUAUAAUGGUGAAGAGUACGCGUAUGAGUACGAGGUAGAACCUAUCACAGAUGGCUUCCCCCUCUCUGAGGAAGAAAAGAUUGAGUGGACAACAGCAGAGCCUCUAUUUCAAAUGACGGGUUUUAAAGAAGAGGAGGAGGAUGUACCAACAAUCAAUCCUCUCAACACAACAGAAGUAGCAGAACAGAAAAAGCCACAAGCAGCCCCAGAUCCCCGGACCGCCUCGAGGAGGAGAAGUCUGAAGCGCAGGAAGCGACAGGCAGGAGACCGGGGGACGGACAGAGCGGCCACAGAGAGUCCCCUGGACGAGACGGAGCGCAGGAAGCGACAGGCAGGAGACCGGGGGACGGACAGAGCGGCCACAGAGAGUCCCCUGGACGAGACGGAGUGGGACGUAGAAGAAGAAGAAGAGAUUGAGGCGGCGCCGGUGGAUACGGGCGUCCCCGACCCGGACUACGACCCCGCCGGGGGGAGCGGGGACUACGGGUGGAGCCCGGGGGGGGAGGAGGAGGAGGGCGUGGACGGAGAGAGGGAGGACGAUGAGCUGGAGGCAGACAGAGAGCGGGAGAGGCUGGAGAUGGAGAGGGAGCGGCUGGAGCUGGAGAAGGAGAGGGCGAGGGAGGCCGAGGUGGGAGAGCGGGAGAGGGGGGAGACGGAGGAGGAGGUGGGGGAGAGGGACCUGGAGAGGGAGAGGGGGGAGUGGGAGAGACAGAGGGCGGAGAUGGAGAGGGAGAGGGCAGGGCUGUACGACGAGGAGACGGGCGCGCCCCAGCCCGUUCCUCCGCACUAUUUCUUUUUGAAGGGAGCCCCCGGUGAGGACGGGAAGCUCGGAACAAAGGGAGAGAUCGGGGAGCCAGGACAAAAGGGUGAGCCCGGCGUCGGGUACAGAGGGCCAGCGGGCCAGGCUGGACCUCCAGGACUCAAGGGUGAACCAGGUGACCCGGGACCACCCGGUGCUCAAGGUAUCCAGGGUAUCCGUGGUAACCUCGGCCUGCAGGGCUCUCCGGGCUCCAGGGGCCACCCAGGGGACCCUGGCGAGGCGGGGAGAGAGGGAGACCGGGGGAGAAGAGGGAAGAACGGCUCUCCAGGGACCCCUGGAGUGAAGGGCCCCCCCGGGCUGCAGGGCUCCUCGGGUGUGCCUGGUGGGAAGGGAGAGAAGGGCGACAGCAUCCCUGGGGAGCCGGGGGCCCGGGGAACGGCCGGCCUCUCCGGCAAAAGAGGGGAGCGGGGCGUCCCGGGAAGCAAAGGUUCUCCUGGACACUUUGGUUCAAAGGGCUUCAAUGGCGGUAAAGGGGAAAAGGGCGACCGCGGACUAGCUGGCAUCAGAGGAGAGAGAGGGAGUCCUCUUCAGAUUGUUGGGCCGCGGGGAUACAAGGGGACCAAGGGAGAGUGGGGAACGAGAGGAAUGCCCGGGUUCGACGGAGACAAAGGAGAGAAGGGAGAGGACGGGCCACCGGGUGUCAAGGGGCUGAAGGGAGACGCCGGCGCCAAGGGGGGAGUCGGCCCGUUUGGGGCCCGGGGCCCUGUGGGCCAGAAGGGGGAUCCUGGGGAGCCCGGUAUCAAUGGGGAAAAGGGCCGUAACGGGGAUCACGGAGUGGACGGGACGAAGGGAGACAAGGGGGAGAUCGGCCUGCAGGGAAAGAGAGGAGACCAGGGAGAUGCAGGAGAACAAGGUCCGUCUGGAGAUACAGGCCAGAGGGGAGAGAAGGGUCUCCGUGGGAUACUGGGACGUAUGGGCAGUCCUGGGCUGACCGGGGGAAUGGGUGAAAUGGGAUCCCCCGGCAACCCGGGAAUGCCCGGACUUAACGGUAUCACAGGGCGCAAGGGGGAUAAGGGCGAUGGAGGCAUCGAUGGGAUUGAUGGCACUGCUGGACUGAAUGGCGUUAAGGGCGCCAACGGCUUCCCUGGCUUCCCAGGGUUCAAGGGAUCAUCUGGGACCCCAGGGAGAGAUGGAGAUCAGGGACUGCCUGGUGCUGUAGGAUCACGAGGAGACCGAGGGGCUAAGGGGGCGAGGGGCAGAAGGGGACGAGCCAAACCGUGUGAGCUAGGACCCCCUGGGAUACCUGGAGACAGAGGGGACAGUGGAGGGACGGGAGGCGGGGGAGUCAAGGGAGAUAAGGGAGAGGCCGGUCUCUCUGCUGAGCAAUUGAAGGACCUCGUCACCAGAGAGGUGGAGGGGAAGUGUGGGAUGGACUUCCAGCUCAUCGUGCGGACCAGCGACCCGGACGCUGGGCUGUCUGCCCGCCGGCCGGAGGCGACGCACACCCUGGGCGCACCUGGCCCCCAGCAGGAAGGAGGGGCGGCAGGACAGGAACCCGGGGGGAGCCCCGCCCCCGCCACAGACGACAUGGCCCCCCCAAUCCUCAACCGCACUGAUUCUGUUGGAGAAGGAGGUUUCGAGGGGGCACCUAGGACGAAGAGGAGGAUACUAGGACGAAGGUUUACUGGUCUGGGGGUGGACCGCUGUCUGGAGCCCAUGCUGGAGGGCGGUUGCUCGGAGUACGUGCUGCUCUGGUACUUCCACCGCGGGGCGGGUGACUGCCGGCCCUUCGUGUACGGCGGCUGCGCCGGGAACCUGAACCGCUUCCCCACGCGGCGCGAGUGCCAGAAGUGGUGCGUGAAGGAGAGGAAAGAUCCGGAACACUGGGGCUGAAGCCAAACAAGACACUUUUUUUUGCACAUAAUGGUGUAGAUGUUUGAUGUUUGUUCUGAUGUUGUGCUCCUGUAUAUAAUAAGGAUAAUGCCACCAAUGUUUUUAUAUGGACGAUGUUUACUGUAAAGCGUAACCACUGCGAAGUUUCAUGUUUUAUAUUGUAAUCUCUUCACUUGUUUUCUAUUCACUGCGUUGGACUGCAACCCUACAAACUAAUAAAUUGUAACAGUUGUGAAA